AUGAAGGCUUUAGUACUUUUGUGUUUAGUGUCGAGUAUUUUCGCAAAGCACGAAGAAUAUAAAGGAUGGAAGUCCUACUACGUAGCUCCGUCAACCACGGGCCAGCUGGAAUCCCUCGGAUCAAUGAUUCCCAGCCUCGACCUGGACUUUCUGAGCCAAGCUUCCACAGACCGCGAAGGCCUAGUUCUUGUGAAACCAGAACACCAAGUUAACUUUAUAAAAGCAUUGGAAAGUGAAGACAUACAGUACUGGUUACAUGUAGAUGAUGUGAAGGCUCAACUAGAUUUGGAUGAUGAGGACAUGGAAACUCACAGCAAAAGUACUCCUCCGAAGGGAGAAAUGGCGUAUGAUAGAUACCAGCGCUUGGAAGUGAUCUACGCUUACCUGGACAGAAUUGCGGAGCAGUAUCCAAAUCUGGUUAAGCUAGAGACGCCCGCGCAUUCAUUUGAAGGUCGUCCCAUUAAAUACCUGAAAAUAUCUUCCACUAACUUCGAGGAUGAGUCUAAGUCAAUAGUUUUCAUUGAGGCAGCAAUUCAUGCGAGAGAAUGGAUAACUCCGCCAGUGGCGACAUAUGCUAUCCACAAACUUGUAGAGAAUGUGACAAAUGCUGAUAUGAUUGAAAAGUUUGAUUGGAUCAUUUUGCCGGUUGCCAAUCCGGAUGGAUAUGCUAUUACUCAUAAUGGUACUCGUUUUUGGCGCAAAACCCGCUCAACUGACCAUGAGGACGGCGAACGCUGCCCUGGCGUUGAUGGAAACCGCAACUUUGAUUUCGUCUGGAACACUAUUGGUGUUAGUUCUGAUCCUUGUGCAAACACCUAUCCUGGCCGCAAAGUUUUCUCAGAAGUAGAAACAAGGGUCAUACGGGACAUCCUUCAUGAGAACCUGAAUAGAAUGGUCAUGUACCUUAGUAUGCAUAGUUACGGAAGCAUGGUUCUGUACUCGUGGGGCCACGAUGGCAGUCUAUCAAACUACGCUUUUGCUCAGCAGACAACAGCUGUUAAUAUGAUUACGGCCAUUCAGGUUAAGAAAUUACCGGAGUUUCCAAAUUACACAGCUGGAAAUUCUAAGUUAGUGGUUGGAUAUGCUAUCUCAGGGUCUUCUCAAGAUUACGCGCACUAUAUAGGUCUUCCUCUGGCUUUUACAUAUGAAUUGCCUGGUCUCGGUAGAGGACUUUUGGGUUUCUCGCUCAGUGCAAGGUACAUUAGCCAUGUGGUGGACGAAACUUGGGAUGGCAUUGUAGUUGGUGCAAGACGCGCAAGGCAGCUGUAUGGACCCGAUCCGUUAAAGUAUUAA